UAAGGAAACAAAUUGCAUGGCUAAAAGAGUCCACACGGUGUGACUGGAAAAGCGGACCCAGUUGACAAAUGAUGGCCCCAGAUCAUACGAUGAGCUGUCACUCAGUCCGCAUUCCAGACUGUACAAUCGGACGCUCCAGAUCGCCCUCUGUACCUCAUAAAAUGACUCUACGCACUUCCUGUCUGCCUUCCCCUCCAUCUCUGCGUGUGGCAUCGCGACUCUCUCGUUUUCCUCCAUUCUCUCUCUAGCGCAGCUCGGGCCAUCGGAGAUCGCUUCUGUCUCUCCUUCUCUAGGGUUUUUUCAAGGCAGUAAAAGAUGGCAGAUGCAGAGGACAUUCAGCCACUCGUUUGCGAUAAUGGGACAGGAAUGGUUAAGGCUGGAUUUGCUGGAGAUGAUGCACCACGGGCUGUUUUCCCUAGCAUUGUUGGCCGCCCUCGUCACACUGGUGUGAUGGUUGGCAUGGGCCAGAAAGAUGCAUAUGUUGGAGAUGAGGCUCAAUCAAAGCGUGGUAUAUUGACUCUGAAGUACCCUAUCGAGCAUGGUAUCGUGAGCAAUUGGGAUGAUAUGGAGAAGAUAUGGCAUCACACCUUCUACAAUGAGCUUCGUGUUGCUCCGGAAGAGCAUCCUGUUCUCCUAACUGAAGCACCUCUUAACCCUAAGGCUAAUCGUGAGAAGAUGACCCAAAUCAUGUUUGAGACCUUUAACACUCCUGCUAUGUAUGUUGCCAUCCAAGCUGUUCUUUCUCUGUAUGCCAGUGGUCGUACAACUGGUAUUGUGCUAGACUCUGGUGAUGGUGUUAGUCAUACAGUGCCCAUAUAUGAGGGGUAUGCUCUCCCACAUGCCAUCCUUCGUCUUGACCUUGCUGGCCGUGACCUCACGGAUCACUUAAUGAAGAUCCUCACUGAGCGUGGGUACUCAUUCACCACCACAGCUGAGCGUGAAAUAGUAAGGGACAUGAAGGAAAAGCUAGCUUACAUUGCCCUAGACUAUGAGCAGGAACUGGAGACCUCGAAGACUAGCUCUGCUGUUGAGAAGAGUUACGAGUUGCCUGAUGGGCAGGUGAUCACCAUUGGAGCUGAGCGCUUCCGAUGCCCAGAGGUUCUUUUCCAGCCAUCAAUGAUUGGAAUGGAGGCCUCGGGCAUCCAUGAGACAACGUAUAACUCCAUUAUGAAGUGUGAUGUUGAUAUCAGGAAAGACCUUUAUGGAAACAUUGUGCUCAGUGGUGGUUCAACCAUGUUCCCCAGGAUUGCUGACAGAAUGAGCAAAGAAAUCACUGCGCUGGCCCCGAGCAGCAUGAAGAUCAAGGUGGUGGCACCACCCGAGAGGAAGUACAGUGUUUGGAUUGGAGGCUCAAUCUUGGCAUCCCUCAGCACCUUCCAGCAGAUGUGGAUUGCAAAGGCGGAGUACGAUGAGUCUGGGCCAUCUAUCGUGCAUAGGAAAUGCUUUUAAUUUUUAUUUGAACGGAGGGAUACUAGAUGUAAGGAAUGCCGUCAUAUUUUAUUUCUGGGAGAGAAUGCAGCCAGAAGCUUUGGUUACUUUUUUCUUUUUUUCCCCCACCCCCCUCCUUUGUGUUUGAAUUGUUCUUCCCUGUAUGCUAAUCCGUAUUGGAGUGUUAAUCUCUAAGAAAGACGAGAGAAGUUGAUUUGCCAA